AAGUUCGCGGCAGCUUUUCUCUCCCUUCCUAACCGGGACGGUGGAGCCCAGCAGGCUGAGCGGAGGGUCCGCACCGUCCCGCCGCUGCCUCUCCUCGGCCGCAGAGGAGCAGCAGAGCCGCCUGGCUCCAUGAGGACGGAGGAAUGAUCUCAGUGUCGGACGACCACACGCUGCUGACGUGAAGCCUGACGGCUGUUUGUUAGCGGAAACACACACGCGCCAAACACCCCCCUCCCUGUGUGUCGCGCGCGCGGAGGACCCGCGCCGCUCUGCCGCUCAUUAACCGAGCAGCUCGCUGUCAGGACGGUCCCAUCUCUCCCACCAUGGCGGAGCGGAGCGCGCGGCUGAGUUUCCCCGGCAGCGGGGCUCUAAACCGACCGGUGCCCAUGAACCUGUUUGCAACGUGGGAGAUAGACGGAUCCUCCCCGAACUGCAUCCCGAGGCUGUGCAGUCUUACUCUUAAAAAGCUGGUGGUGAUGAAGGAGCUUGAUAAGGAGCUGAUUUCUGUGGUCAUUGCAGUCAAAAUUCAGGGCUCCAAACGCAUUUUGAGGUCCCAUGAGAUCGUGCUGCCCCCUAGUGGAUCAGUGGAGACCGAUCUAGCUCUCACCUUCUCUCUGCAGUAUCCACACUUCUUGAAAAGAGAAGGCAACAAGCUGCAGAUAAUGCUUCAAAGACGGAAAAGGUACAAGAACCGGACUAUUUUAGGCUACAAGACUUUGGCCAUGGGAUCCAUUGAUAUGGCAAAGGUGAUGCAACACCCGACAGAGGGAGGUCAGGUUCUGCCUCUCUGCAGCAGUCAGAAAGACUUGCUGGGCAAAGUGGCAGAGAUCUGGAUCUUUUCUCUGUCCAGUCAGCCAAUAGACCACGAGGAGGCCGCCCUGCAGGAAGGACAGAAGAUCAAAUGCUCGGAUAACUACUCAGAGGAAGAGUAUGAGAGCUUCUCGUCAGAGCAGGAGGCCAGCGAUGACGCAGUGCAGGGACAGGAUCUUGAGGACGAUGAGUUUGAUGUGAGGAAACCAAAGAAGCAGAGGAGGUCGAUAGUGAGGACUCCCUCUAUCACCAGGCAGCAGAACUUCAAGCAGCGAGUGGUGGCUCUGCUGAAGCGCUUCAGAGUUUCUGAUGAGGUGCUGGACUCGGAGCAGGACCCAGCAGAAGCGCCUCCUGAGGUGGAGGAGGAGGACCUGGAUCUGGACAGCGUGGAGUUUGAGAACCCAAGCGACAGCUGCCCGGAGCUGGACGAUGACGACAGCGUCCUCAGCACACCAAAACCCAAACUGAAGCCAUAUUUUGAGGGAUUGUCCCUUUCAAGCUCCCAGACUGAGAUUGGCAGCAUCCACAGCAGCCGGAGCCACAGAGAGCCCCCAAGCCCAAUCGAUCUGGAUAAAACUAAAAGCGGCGACGACAGUUUUCCAGACGAUGGAGGGCGUGACAACUCCUCUUAUGAACAGCCAGAGGCGGUGACUCCCACCACAGAACUAGAGAUGGACAACAUGGACACGUUUUUAGAAAGCCUGCCACCAAGUGGCAAAAUGACCAAAACAGAAUCCCUUAUCAUUUCAUCCAACAGGCAGGAAACGAAGCUGGCGGGACGGAGAGGUCGGAGCACAUCCCUGAAGGAGCGCCAGCCCAGCAGGCCCCUGAAUGAGAGGGCCAACAGCCUGGACAAUGGGCGGGCUCUGGACACACGCUGCCACCUACAGAUCCCAAGAAAAACGGUUUAUGACCAAUUAAACCACAUCCUGGUGUCUGAUAACCAGCUUCCUGACAGCAUUAUCCUCAUCAACACAUCCGACUGGCAAGGUCAGUAUUUGUCAGAUUUACUGCAGAAUCACCAUCUGCCAGUGGUCUGCACCUGCACCACAGCAGACAUCCAAGCUGCUUUCAACACCAUUGUUUCUCGCAUCCAAAGAUUCUGCAACUGUAACUCCCAGACGCCCAUUCCAAUAAAGAUUGCAGUGGCUGGAGCGCAGCACUACCUCAGCGCGGUUCUGAGGCUUUUUGUGGAUCACCUCACCCACAAGACUCCUGACUGGCUCGGCUACAUGAGGUUCCUCAUCAUCCCUUUGGGUGUACAUCCAGUCUCCAAAUACCUCGGCACCAUUGACUCUCGCUACAACAGUUUGUUCCAAGAUACUGCCUGGAGGGAUCUGUUCCACAAACCAGAAGCUCCUGUAAUCGCUCAGGAGAGCCCUGAUGUCGUGUCAAGGGUCAAGCAGUACAUGGAAGGAGCUAACGGAGCCCACCAGCUUCCUAUCGCAGAAGCCAUGCUCACUUACAAGCAAAGGAGGAAAAAGAGCUUUCAUUUUGAUUUUGCCAUAAGCCCUAAUGAAGAUUCCUGUCAGAAUUUCAUCCCAUUCAUCGGGAUGGUGAAAGUUGGAAUUGUGGAACAAACGUCUGCAGCAUCAGGAGAUUCUGAUGAUGCAGCACCUCUGAGCUCGUCUCUGCUCUCCUCCACCCCUCCUCAAAUAUCGCCUGCUUUCAAAGAGGCUUCGCCAACCCCACCGUCUUCACCCUCCAUUAACACCAGCUUCUGUGCCCUUAGCUCCAGCAGUGGGGCAGAGCUGAUGGGCCUUCAGGUAGACUACUGGGUGGCUCCAACAGAGAGGAAGAAAGACGUGGAGAAGCGGGACCCCUCCUCUAAAAACACUCUGAAGUGCAAUUUUCGCUCGCUGCAGGUCAGCAGACUUCCACUGGGGGGUGCAGAACCAAGCCCCCAGCCCACUAUGUCUAUGACCUUAGUAACCCAGGAGAAAAAUAAGAAGGUCAUGUUUCUGCCGAAAAAGAGUAAAGACAAGGAGGUGGAGUCAAAGAGUCAACUGAUUGAGGGCAUCAGUCGCCUAAUCUGCACCGCCAAACAACAGCAAACCAUGCUGAGAGUGCUGAUUGAUGGCGUUGAGUGGAACGAUGUCAAGUUCUUCCAGUUAGCGGCUCAAUGGUCCUCACACGUCAAACACUUUCCCGUUGGGAUCUUUGGCCACACUAAAGGCCCCUACUAGCAGCACCUUGAAAAGAGACUGAACAAAGGAGGACAACCCCCCAUUUUCCCUUGUGCCAAGAUUUGAAUCCCUCCUUUUAUUCUGGUGUCUUAAGUUAAACUCCUGCUCUCCACUGUUGCUUCUGUCCGAUUAUUUAAUAUUAAUAUUUUUUUAUUUAUGUAAAGCUGCCAGGUUAAAAUUACUCUGCUUUAAAAGCUGCUGUUUUGUAGACCUUUGACAAAAUAAUGUUCAUAAAAGGCUUUUAACC